AUGUCCAGCGAAACGAGAGCUUUUGAUGCAGAUAAUAGCGUCGCUAUUGUAGGCGCGGGAGCGUUAGGACUUGUGGCGACCAAGAACCUGAUCGAAGAAGGCUUUGAUGUCACGACCUUUGAGAAGAACACGUAUGUGGGUGGACUGUGGCAUGUGAAUGGAGAUUCCAACGUGACGAGUGCGUUGGUCGGGACAGUAUCCAAUGGAAGCAAGCAGGCAAGCGCUUUCUCUGACUUCCCCAUGCCAGAUUCAUUUCCUACAUAUCCUAAUGCUGCUCAAUUUGAAGAGUAUUUCGAUGCGUAUGCUGAUCACUUCGACUUGAGACGAUCCAUCAGUUUCUCGACGACCGUGACAUCGAUUGCAAGAGACGAGAUGAAGAAGAAGUGGGUUGUGGGGUUUCGACCUUCCACAGGGAAUAUAGAAAAGUCACAGUCACAGGAGUUCGAGCGACUGAUCAUGGCCACCGGAUCGAACAACAUAGCCCAUAUUCCGCAGGUCAAAGGGAUCGAGAGAUUUGAGGGCGAAAUCAUCCACUCUCAGGCUUUGAAGGAUCCAUCACGUUUCAAAGGGAAGGCCGUUUUGGUUCUUGGAAUCUCCAACUCAGCUGCGGACUCGAUUCAACUUCUUGCCGAAGCCGGUGCCGCCAGACUAUACGUCUCGCAUCGACGCAAGUUUGUUACAGUUCCACGAGCUCCACAUGGCAAGACACUGGACUGCUAUUUGAGCCUGAGAAAUCAAAUCAUAGGCUCCUGGAUCCAAUGGCUGGCUCCAUCCUUCCAGGCCUGGCUGAUGACCAAGUUUCUCGAGACACUGCAAUAUCAAAACUCCCCCAAGCUAAGGAAUCACGCUUGUCAAAGGGACCGAAAGUUUCCACCUCAUGGGCAGUUCGUACCAGUAAUAAGUGAGAAUUUGGCGACUAAUUUGACGGAAUGGAGAAUUCAGAGCGUGCACGCCAUUGAAGAAGUUGUUGGAGCUGGCCGAGUGAGGUUACGCGACGGCGAAGAAUUAGAGGACAUAGAUGUGGUUCUAUUCUGCACUGGACUUCAUCCGGAUCUUGCGAGCAUGCUGCCCCCUUCUGCGGAUCCAUACAACCCAGCACAUGCUCCCGCGAUAUUUGCUACUCUUCCAACCGAAUAUGUCAAGGAUCGUCGAGUUUGCCGAGCCUACAGAGGCUUCUUGUCCCUGCAACACCCGCAUAGCCUCGCUUUCUUGGGGGCCGUACUAUCGUUGCGAGCUGCGUUUCCCUUUUACGACCUCAUCACAAUGGCGCUCGCACAACUUUGGAGCGGGAAGGCUCCGAUGCCGACCGACAAAGAGAUGCAAGUGAGUGCAGACACACACCUGAAGCUAUUGGCGAACACGAUGCAGAUGCAUGGCGAAGUACAGCACGCCGGGACGAUCGAUCAUUUUGCAAUGGAUGCUUGGCUUCAUCGGACUGCAGGAACAGGACUGCUGUCGAGUGUGGGAAUCUUCAAUCGGAAGGCCUGGGUCCUCUACUGGACCGAACCUGACUUGUACAAAGCGCUCCUUGACGGGCCGCCAACCGCUCAUGCGUUGCGUCUUUUCGAGACAGGGGGCCGGCGAGCGUGGCCAGGUGCAAAGAGUGCAAUUCUCAAAGCUUAUGCGGACAGUAAGGAGCUGGGGAUAAAGUUUCAAAGCAAAGAGCAAGCAAAGAUGUUGUAG